GCAGGUGCUGGGAGCCCCGCCCCUUCCAUGUGUGUGCUGCUCUGCUCCAGCCGCGUCCGCUUCCAUCCCUUCAUUACUGAGCACGCUGGAUAUGUACGAUUAGGAGGACCGAGACUGGACACGGCACCACCAUGACUGAGGAGCUCUUCUGUAAAGUGGUCUCCAUUAUCACCAAAUGCCGGGACUGUGAGGACAGACGUUCCAGUGUCAGGCUCACUGUUGAAACACAUUCAUUAACAAACCCAGUACAUAAGAAGGAUUUAAUUGUUCGCCUGUCAGAUGAUACCGAUCCAUUUUUUCUAUACAAUCUUACUUUAGGAGAAGAGGACUUUUUAAGUUUAAAAAACCAGCAAGGAUUAUUAGUGGAAUUUUCUGCAUUUCCACAGAGGUUCAUUGACCUUUUGGAGCAAUGUAUAUUGGAGCAAGACAAACCUGUGCCUAGGUUUUUACUUCAGUUGCUGACCUCUUCAAAUGGAAUGGACUGUAUGGCUGCAAGUUUAAAUAUAAUUGAAACAAAUCCGUUCAAACAUCUCAUCCAUCUUUCCUUGAAACUUUUGGAAGGCAGUGACAGUGAUGUAAAGAAGUAUCUUGCCAACUGCAUUAAAAGCUUAAAGUUGGAAAAUUAUGUUUUAAAGGGAAAGUUACAGAAAUCUGAAGAGGAACUUUCUCAGAAACUUUCUGUAACGCAACAGGCCCUGGCAGAGAAGUGCAAAGAACUAGAUAAGCUGAGAAAUGAUUGUACUUCGCAGACAUCUUUAUUAACAAGCAGGCAUACACAAGAAAUCACAGCAGAGAGAGAGAAGGUGUUGCAGCUUCAAACUCAAUAUCAGAUUCAGCAUGAGCAGCAAAAGAAAGAGCUGGAAUCCUCUAACAACCGAACAAUACGACAUUUGGAAAGUAGGGUGUGUGAAUUGGAAACGGUUAAUAAAGACUUGACAGAGCGGAAGUACAAGUCAGAAUCAUCCAUACGUGAACUUAAGGGGAAGCUUUCUGCAGUGGAAGAGGAAAAUUAUAGAGCUAAACAAGAAGCUUCUUCUCUUCGGCGAGAAAAUGCCACUUUGGACUCUGAAUGCCACGAGAAAGAGAAACUUCUAAACCAGUACAAGAUGCGGACAGCUGUUCUCGAACAGGAAGUCAAGGACAAAGAACAAGUAGUGAUGCGAAGUACAGAUGCUUGUGAAAGUGCACAGGAGCACAAGAAAAAACUUGAAGACUCUCUGGAACAAAAGCAGCUGCAAAUUGGCAAGCUUGAAACUACAGUAAAAUCCCUCUCUGAAGAGCUUAUGAAGGCUAAUGAAAUCAUUAAAAAAUUGCAAACUGAUAUAAAGAAAUUGGUGGACAAGAUGAAACUAAAAAAUGCUGUUACAAUGCAGCAAGAGAAGCUUCUGGGAGAAAAGGACCAGCUUCUGCAGAAAGAGAAGCUGGAGCUAACAAAUGUGAAACACUCCUUAAAGAUAAAGGAAGAGGAGGUUUUAAAGUUACAAGAACAACUAGAUAACACAGCUGUGAAACUGGAAGAGAGCAAGCAACUGCUGAAGACCAAUGAGAAUGUAAUUUCUUGGCUUAACAAGCAGCUGAAUGAAAACAAACUUGCAUCCCUGCAAGGGCCACAAGCGCUGCAUGAAAUGCCUGGCUCAUUCAAAACCUGCAGUCCAACAUCAAACAUUGGCACAAUACACACCAAUCAGCUGCCAUAUUCUACUGCUAAUGAUCCCUACUUGGCUUCAACAAUUUUUAAUCCAGUUGGCCAUUCUCUAGCUUCCAAAUCUUACACCAACAGCUAUACCCCAACUUUGCGAAUGAAUGCACCAACUACGACCUCAGGUUCAUCCAGGCUUGGCCCGCAGGCAGGCACACAGGUACGAUUCAAUGUAAAUACUCCUGCUGAUUGUAGUUCAGCCACUGAGUCCAGGCCUAUGCCUACAACAUCAACUCCUAUUUUACCUCCUACCUCAAGUGAACCUGCUGGUUUAGAUGUUAAGUACCUGAAAAGAAAUGGGAGCGCACCUGCCAAAUCACAAAAAAAUGCAAGCUCUGCUCAAGUUAGGCCGACCUUAACCAAGUCUGGAAGCUCACCAAUACUAUCAGCCUACUUUCCAGGACAACAACCAAGGCUUCCUGCCUCUUAAACAGAUGUUGUACAGAAAAAAAACCUUUGACCAAAAAAACCGCACAUAAAAAUUUGCUUUGGGUUGGAUUGUGGUCAAUUUAAACUGCCAAAUUAAGCUGUGUCCAAAAAAAGCAGUAGACAAUAUAGUGCCUGA